AUGAAGCUAACUGGUCCAUGUGACAUGAACCUCAAGCGAUUUCCUUUUGAUCAGCAGAAGUGCUUUCUUACAUUUGAAUCGUACAAUUACAACACAGGCGAAGUACGAAUGCAAUGGAAUCAGCCCUAUCCUGUAAUGCUUUUGAAGCCGAUACAAUUGCCAGAUUUCGAGCUCGUCAAUUUUAGUGUCAUAGCUGUCGAGCAGAUGUAUCCAGCAGGGUGGUGGGACGAACUAACUGUCGCAUUUGUGUUCAAAAGGCGCUACGGGUGGUAUAUAUUGCAAGGCUAUAUUCCUACUAUGGUUACUAUUGUGAUUUCGUGGAUCUCUUUCUACUUAGGACCGAGGACUUCUCUAUCUAUGAACAUCACAUCUGUAGAUCUUUUUGCCCAAAUCACUGCUGACUUUUGUAACCUUAUGCCACUUUGUGUAGGAGUCAGUCAAGUUUUUUGA